AUGGCCCCCGAAGCUAGAGCAGAAUUCACCGAAGACACUCGAGCUGCAAUUGAUCAGUGGUCACAGGAUGGACAGAUGUACGGAUAUGGUCGUGUCAACACCGAAGGAUACGCAAGUUCUCUAGGGCUGACCCACGUCGCGGCCAUCACACGGGUGAUUCUUUACAGAUUGGACCCUGCCGAUAUCGACUCGCCAUAUGUCGAUGAGAAACUCCAGGCUUGCUGCGACUUCGUUGGCAUAUUCCGAGCGCUGCAGAAGAAGCGCCAGAUCCCGAAGCACUGGGGCGAUAUGCUGUUCAGCUUCCAAGUCGGCGUGUCAAUUAUCUAUAUCGUCUACCGUCGAGCCGUCCCGAUUCCCAAGAACGUCGACCGCGCCAUUCGCGAAGUCGCCUCAAGUCUCGCGAUAUUCGCUGAUCGUUCGGAAAAGGCGGACGUCUAUCGUGACUGCCUGGACGUGUUGGCCAACGGCAUCUCGAGAUCCUGCAUACCUGGGACAAUCGAUGAGGAGUCUCGGAGGGAGAUUUCUGGCAUGGUACAGCAGAUCAUUGAGAGUGGCACCGCGCCCGACAUUGCUUCGAUGCUGUCGGAGAUGAGUCAAGUUCCGGGCGACGGCUGA